UCGGAGCUUUCAGUCCCCAGAAGACUAAUUAGACGCAUAUUUGAUUCAUUCUGAGAUGGGUUCUGCAUCUACCUUCCCUCUCCCCUCACAACUGAAACCAUCUCUCUGGGAACAAAAGGGUUCUCUCUUCAUCUAUGACAAAAAGCCCAGGAACAACCGAUCACUUGUUCCGGUUGCACGGCUUUUUGGGCAGGCGAUCUUCGAAGCAUCGAAGCUGAAGGUACUGUUCUUAGGAGUAGAUGAAAAGAAACACCCAGGAAAUCUUCCGAGAACUUAUACGCUCACCCACAGUGACAUUACCUCUAAACUCACACUCGCUAUCUCUCAAUCGAUCAACAAUGCUCAGCUGCAGGGUUGGUAUAAUAGGUUAUAGAGGGACG